AUGCGAUACAGCAGCGAAACUCCCGUCCGCAGUCCCGCUAUUGACCAUUCUCAAAACCCAUUUCUCAACCAGAUUGCCGAUGACUCGAUGCCAUGGCAAGAGGUCAAGAAGCGCGGCGCUCCUGCAGUACAGCCGGCAUCACCGGUUCGACGCUCUCCGCAGGUGCUGAAUGACCGCACCAAGGCUAUCCUCAACCGCCCACGCGCCCAGCAACGGCAAGAUCGCAUCGUCUCGGGCUCAACGGAUAACACACCCGAAAAAGCAUACGAUCCACACGAGAACUGGUGUGGGGUGUGCUCGUACAAGUUCGCCAACAAAGCUGCACUGCUCAGUCACAUUAAGCAGAGCGUCGGACACGAAAACUAUUGCAACCUCUGCAAGCGCGUCUUCGUGGACCGCAAUGGUCUCAAAAACCACGUCGACAAUGCAGCGAACCAUGAAGUUCAUUGCAACCUUUGUCUCUCCGCUUUCAAGGAUGACUGGGCUCUCAAGAACCACUUCGAGAAUAACUACAGCGUCGGCCAUGAGUGGGUGUGUCUUACUUGCUUGCUCGGCUUCAACACUCGCGCUGAGUUGGAGCGACAUCUUCAAACCGCUGCGAAGCAUACGUGGUGCGGAACAUGCCAGCGCCGAUUUCGCAAUCAGGAUGAACGGGAUGCACAUUGGGAACAGACGAACAGUAAGUGGUCUGAGAGAUUCUAA